GGGCAGCAUUUUUCUUUCACACAUCUCAUUAUUAUCAUUAUGACAAGCGCUCCCAUAAGCCUGUCCUCGCUAUCGUCUAAGCAACUAUCACCACCGCUACGGCAGGAACCGCAUCAGGACCUGGAGCGGGAACUACAACAACAAGAGCAGAUGCCAUAUAAGGCUGAGAAGCCCCCGUCCCCUCCGUCCCCUCCGUCCCCUCCGUCCCCGCUUGCUGCCCCGACUUCACCCCUGGACAUCGAAGAGGUCCUCUACGAGAUUGUCUCGUAUCUCGACAAGCACUCGCUCCACAGCUGCGUCUCUGUCUCGCGGAUAUUCUACCGCGCUAGCAUCAGGGCUCUUUGGUCCUCCAUCCAAUGGAAGUGUUAUAUGUGGACAGACUCCUUCCUCCCAGAGUUCGAGCGCUAUGGACACUAUAUCGUCGAGCUCCACGAAAACUACAAUGCCGACUUGGAUAUGAUCGCCCGCGUCUGCACCAACCUACAGGAACUUCACCUGAACUGGACACUGGCAACAGACGAGAAACUAGAAGACGUUCUUCGGAACUCGCCCAAGGUUUCGUCGCUGUAUCUCUUUAGCUGCAGGUCUCUUACUUCUCGUGCGCUCUUGCACAUCGCAGGACUAGCGGGAUUGAAGCGGCUGGAGCUCAAGAACAUGAUCCAUAUCGACGAGUCUUCCCUCGUGACAUUGUUACAGUCCUGUCCCUUACUGGAGCAUCUAACAUUGGAGGAUGUUCGUCUGGACAGAGUUACACUCAACAGUUUGGGCUCGGUUCCGCUGAACAUCAAGUCUCUGGCGCUGACCAGAUCCUCCCCUCCUGGCAGUUUGAUCAAGAACAUCCUUCUCAAUGCGCCCAACAUCAAGGAGCUCUCUCUGGCUAGGAAUCUUCACUCGAUAUUGUCAAAGGACGACCUGCUUCCUCUCAUGGACGUGUAUAAACACAUUACCCACCUCAACAUGGAAUCUUGCAAGUGCGUCAGCGGCGAGGCACUUCUCGCCCUCAUCCACACAUGCCCAGAGCUGGAGAGGGUAAAUAUGAGUGGAACCCACAUUGGUGAUGCCUCGUUGGAAGCUCUCGCUAUUUACUGCCCGAAGGUGGUUAGUUUGAACCUGGCCUGGUGUGCACAGAUCACGGACGAGGGAUUAUUGCGACUACUAGAGACUUGCAAAGGAUUAAACUUCUUGGACAUCUCCACUUUGGACGUCAUAUCAGCGACAAUCUUCCGACCAGAGUCCCCAUGGGCAUGCACACAGCUAGAAACCCUGAUUAUGAUUGGAAUCAACAUGACACGGCCGCGAGGAUCUGUCCAGGGGAACCAUACAAUGAUGUUCAGCCAGCUGAGUCGCCUGGAGAGCCUUCAGGAUCUGGCCAUUGGAGGUGCCAACUUGGUGUUGCAGCUAGAAGCGGGGCUAUCAAAAAUGGAGAAGCUGGGGAAUCUGGAGUCGUUCAGGGUCAAGCACUUGCAAACUGUCCUGGGAGACGAUGAGAUUCGCUGGCUGGUCGAGGCAUGGCCAAAGCUGAAGCGCGUCCGGUUCGAGUCCGGAUCGUUGCCAGCCCCAUGGUUCCGCUAUUUUCGACGCCAACGCCCACAUCUUGUUCUUGGCUAACAGCCUUUGUUCCUUUUUUUUUUUUUUUUGGUAGCCAUUCCUGUGCCCAUAAAUACAACACUACGUAGUUUUGAUCCUCCAUGGUCUUUUACCAUUGUAAAUAAACGCUGUAUGUGGGAAUCAAGGAGAAAUGAAAAG